CGAUGGUGCGGUGGCUGUACCUGUCAGGGCUGGUGUUCGCCGUGCUCAUCCCGGCCGGGUGCCAGGUGGCUCCCGAGGACUUGGAGGACCUGUCCAGCAGAUGGAAGUUGUCUGGAGCCCAGAACUCCCAGGGCUUCCUGUCCCACAUCAAGCGGCACUCGGAGGGGACCUUCACAAGUGACUUCACGCGGUACCUGGACAGGAUGAAGGCCAAGGACUUCGUGCAUUGGCUCAUCAACACAAAGAGGUACAAUUAACAGCAGAUCCAGGCAGCAGCUUUCCAGCCGUGUCCACGCAGGAAGGUUGGGCCUCUCCUCACCUGCCAGGAUCGGAGCUCCACGGGAAGGAUUCACCCAUCACCCAUCAGCCUGUGAUCCCUGGGAGCUCCACGGGAAGGAUCCACCCAUCACCCAUCAGCCUGUGAUCCCUGGAGCUCCACGGGAAGGAUUCA